GGAGGGAGCGAGGGACGCCUCCGCCGCCGUCUCAGCAUGUCCGACUUCGACGAGUUCGAGCGGCAGCUCAACGAGAACAAACAGGAACGGGACAAGGAGAACCGCCAUCGGAAGCGCAGCCACAGCCGGUCCCGCAGCCGGGAUCGCAAACGCCGCAGCCGCAGUCGUGACCGACGUAACCGGGAUCAGCGGAGCGUCUCCCGGGACCGACGGCGCCGCAGCAAACCCCUGACCAGAACCCCCGGAGAGGAGCAGAGCGGACUCAUCCGCUCCCCGCGCCAUGAGAAGAAGAAGAAGAUCCGCAAAUACUGGGACGUGCCGCCGCCCGGCUUCGAGCACAUCACCCCCAUGCAGUACAAGGCCAUGCAAGCGGCCGGCCAGAUCCCAGCCACCGCCCUGCUCCCCACCAUGACUCCGGAUGGCCUGGCGGUGACCCCGACCCCGGUGCCCGUGGUUGGCAGCCAGAUGACCCGCCAGGCCCGGCGCCUCUACGUGGGCAACAUCCCCUUCGGCAUCACUGAGGAAGCCAUGAUGGACUUCUUCAACGCUCAGAUGCGCCUGGGUGGGUUGACUCAAGCCCCUGGAAAUCCUGUCCUGGCCGUCCAGAUUAACCAGGACAAGAACUUUGCCUUCUUAGAGUUCCGCUCCGUGGACGAGACGACCCAGGCCAUGGCUUUCGACGGGAUCAUCUUCCAGGGACAGUCGCUCAAGAUCCGCCGGCCCCACGACUACCAGCCGCUGCCCGGCAUGUCGGAGAAUCCGUCGGUCUACGUGCCCGGUGUGGUGUCCACUGUGGUCCCGGACUCCGCCCACAAGCUAUUCAUCGGCGGCCUGCCCAAUUACCUGAACGAUGACCAGGUGAAGGAACUGUUGACGUCGUUCGGGCCACUGAAGGCAUUUAACCUGGUCAAGGACAGUGCCACUGGCCUCUCCAAGGGUUACGCGUUCUGUGAGUACGUGGACAUCAACGUCACUGACCAGGCCAUUGCGGGCUUGAACGGGAUGCAGCUAGGGGACAAGAAACUGCUGGUACAACGGGCGAGUGUGGGGGCCAAGAACGCCACGCUGGUGAGCCCGAGCACGAUCAACCAGACUCCGGUGACGCUGCAAGUGCCGGGCCUGAUGAGCUCCCAGGUGCAGAUGGGCGGCCACCCGACGGAGGUGCUCUGCCUGAUGAACAUGGUGCUGCCCGAGGAGCUGCUGGACGACGAGGAGUACGAGGAGAUCGUCGAAGACGUGCGCGAUGAGUGCAGCAAGUACGGCGUCGUCAAGUCCAUCGAGAUCCCCCGGCCCGUGGACGGCGUGGAGGUGCCCGGCUGUGGCAAGAUUUUCGUGGAAUUCACUUCCGUCUUCGACUGUCAGAAGGCCAUGCAGGGCCUCACAGGGCGCAAGUUCGCCAACAGAGUGGUCGUCACAAAAUACUGUGACCCCGAUUCCUAUCACCGCCGGGACUUCUGGUAGAGCUGGGGGAGGGAGGGGGCUUGGAGUAGCUGUG